CUCCUCCCUCCCGACGCGCCCAGACGACCAUGCAGGCCAUCCGCAGUGCUGCUCGCCCUCUCGCCCUCUCGGCCCGCAUCGCCGCCCGCCCGCAAGCGCUCCCCGUCCGCUUCGCCCACUCGGCCGCCGAGUCGUACGACGACUUCAACGCCCGCUACGCCGACUUCUUUGCCAACGCCCAGGACCUGUUUGAGCUCCAGCGCGGCCUCAACAACUGCUUCGCCUACGACCUCGUCCCCUCCCAGACCGUCGUCGAGGAGGCGCUCAAGGCGGCGCGCCGGGUGAACGACUACUCGACGGCCGUCCGCAUCUUCGAGGGUCUCAAGGAGAAGGUCGAGAACGCGACGCAGUACCAGCAGUACGUGACCGAGACCAAGCCCCUCCGCGAGGAGCUCGGCGUCCUCCUCAAGGAGGAGCUCUACGGCAACAAGUAGAGCGGAGGAGGGUACCUCUUGGCCAGUUUGUAGAGAGAGCGAGGCGAGGGAGGAGGAGGAGGGGCAAUGACUAGCUGUCGGUUUCCGUGAC